CUUCAAUAACUAUUUAAAAACCUGUGCCUUCUUCCGAAACCUUCGCUGCCCUCUCUCUCUCUCUUUAUCCUUUUCCAAUUUCAGAGUCGUCGUCUUUGAAGAACACGGAGACUUAGAGAGAGAAAGAGGAGAGAGAAGAGGAAAAAAUUGAAUUCCUUCAUAAAUCAGCCAUUGUUACUACCAUUGAACUCAAAUAUUAAUCCAUGGCUACCUUGGGGAACAAGAACCUCAACGCAAAGCUGGUUCUUCUUGGUGACAUGGGAGCUGGUAAAUCCAGUCUGGUUUUGCGCUUCGUCAAAGGACAAUUCCUAGAAUUUCAGGAAUCAACAAUUGGUGCCGCUUUUUUCUCUCAAACACUUGCAGCCAAUGAUGCAACCGUGAAAUUUGAGAUAUGGGAUACAGCAGGGCAGGAGAGGUAUCACAGUCUGGCUCCCAUGUAUUACAGAGGAGCUGCAGCAGCUAUCAUUGUAUUUGAUAUAACGAACCCUGAUUCAUUUGCUCGAGCAAAGAAAUGGGUGCAAGAACUUCAAGGGCAAGGUAACCCGAACAUGGUUUUGGCGCUUGCUGGAAAUAAAUGUGAUAUGGUAGAGAAAAGGAAGGUGACACCAGAGGAAGCUCAAGCAUAUGCCCAAGACAAUGGCCUCUUCUUCAUGGAAACCUCCGCAAAGACUGCCAUAAAUGUGAAUGACAUUUUCUAUGAAAUUGCAAAGAGGCUGCCUCGUAUGCAACCUAUGCAAAAUCCAUCAGGAAUGAUGCUUACAGAUAGACCCACCGAAGCGACUACUUCUAGAUGCUGCACUUAGCCUGCAACUGCGCCCUACUCUCUCCCCCUCCCCCUUGUCUCUCUCUCUCUCAACCCUGUAAACGGGGUCGGGACUGCACAUCUUUCCUCCCCUCUCUUGCUCUCUCUCUAACCAUGUUGAAAGCACCUUGGUUUACAUAAAGAGAUGGGUCAGGUCUAAAGAUCCUUUCGUUUGUUUAUUUUUUGCCAAACAGUGUAAAUAAAUAUUAUUUGUGUGUAUGAUUAUGUUAUGGAGUUCUUGUUUUUAAUGCAU